CCGUACAGCAAUAGCAAACUGACACCAGCACCAUGCUGCACCGACUUGGCCACCGCUCGGCAACCACUUCCGUCCAGCGGUCACUGCGGCGAUCUGCCAUGACGCAGUCGCACCGCCGCUCCUUCCACUUCAGCUCAUCGGCUGGCAAGCCCGCAGCUUCGGAUGCCCACAACCGCGUUGCCAGUGCUGCCUCUUUCUUCCUGGACGCCAAGGCUGCAUGCAAGGGCAAGCGCUGUGCGCUGGGCAAGGACAACAGCGGUAUUGGAGCCAACCCGGUCACGUGCGGAGAGGAUUCCUUCUUCCUCACACCCGACGUGGUGGGUGUGGCCGACGGUGUCGGCGGUUGGAACGAGAACGGCGUGGACCCUGGCAAGAUAUCGCGCUCGCUUAUGCGCAACGCGGCAUUAUUCGUGCGGCAGCAGGCAGCCAAUAGCGAGAACGUCACCGCGCAGCAGGUUCUGGCUCAUGGGUACAAUCAGGCGCUGCUUGAUGACGAGGUGGAGGCGGGUAGCACGACUGCGUGCAUUGUGAGAUUGAAACAGUCACCCGAGGGCAAGCCCGUUAUUGAGUACUCGAAUCUUGGAGACUCGGGCUUCGUGGUCAUCCGCAACGGCGAAAUUAUCUUCCGCAGUAAGUUCCAGUAUUACGGACGUGCUCCUUAUCAACUGGCUAAGAUCCCUCUGCGAUUUAAGCAGUAUGGUGCUAUUGAGAAUCACCCCGAUGAUGCGGACUCGGGUGAGAUUGACGUGCAAGACGGAGACUUCGUGGUGCUUGCCACCGAUGGCGUUUGGGACAACUUUGCCCCGGACCUUCAGAAAGCAUCUUCGCAUUUUCCGGUAGGCUAUUGUACAUCUAAUAUUCGACGUAGUGCUAACUACUGACAUUGUACUCUCGUUGAUUGCUUCUUCUAAAGCCGAUGCUAUCCUGGCGAAGGUAUUGGACGGGCGAGCUCGCCUCCUUCGUGGAUGUUAUCGCUGAGAACCCCGACAAGGCCGCAGAGAACAUCGUGCUGGCCUCGCUCCGACACAACCUAAAGCCCGAUGACAUCACAGUUGUCGUGGCGAAGGUAGUCGUGAUGGCAUCAAAACUGUAGUUGUACACAUAUUGCUGUCAAGUGAUCUCGACGCGUCUUCGCAUAGAUUAAACUUUACACUGAUAAUUCCAAGGUUUUAAACUUGUUUGACAAUUGUGAGAUUUUGGACGGUUAGUAGUUAUACAUGCAAUAACAGUGUCUUUUUAACUCG